CUCUGCUCUCGACGUCGGUAUGCGGCAGAAACUGCCAAAAAAACAAAUGGCGGUUCAUUUUUUCCCUCCCUUUUCAAAAUCCCUCCAAUAAACCAAGCCCUUUUUCGUUUUCCCUCUUCUUUUGUUAAACACUAUAAUCUUCUGUUUUUUUUUGAAUUUUCAGAAAUCAAAAUCUACCUCGUUUUGGAGCCCAUCAUCCGUAAUCAACUUUCCUUAUUCGCACUCUUUAAUCUUCGUAAUCUUCUUGGAUUCCUCUUCUCAAAAUCUUACCCUCAAUUUUCAUUGUUGAAUGCUCUAUGGAUGGUUACACCUUUCCUUAAAUCUUAUAUACAUCCCCUUCUAACCAGGGAUUUAUUCAUGGGUCUUCUUCAAUUUCUUCCAUAAUGAAUUUCAAGUGAGAUUGUUGGUGGGUCUUUACUUCUUCGCAUACUGAAACCCUAAAGGGUCAAUCUCUGGUUUUUUCAUUGUCAAUUCCUUUUGGGUCUUCAUCGUCACUACGAAUUGAAAUUGUUGAUACUGAAUCUAUGGAUCAAUCACCUUCAAAUCGUAAUGGGCCUUCAUCAAUUUCAACCAUCAUAGCUGAUUCUGUCAAAACCCUAGACGGGUCUUCACAAUCUGCACAUAGUGAAGUCCAAGGCGACCGGUUUUACCUUCCUCGGUCAUCAAAUCCAAAUGGGUCUUCAAUUAUUUCAAUUAGUCCACGUAACCAGUUGUUGGUUCCUUCAUUGUCAGAUGGGUCACGCAGUCAAGUGCUGGUCCCUAGUCAUAUUGAGACCAGAGAUUAUGGAUAUGUUGUUUCGUCUGAUGGAAGGGAGUCCUCAUUACCUUCACCAACGGAAUCUCAAGAUAACCAGUGUUUGGUCCCUGUAACAGUCGAUCCACUUCCAAGAGUAACCCGACAUGGCGAUGGCGACAAUUGUGAUGACCACAAGUCACCUAUGCAAAUAGAGUCUGCCAGAGGCCCUUCAAGUUCAUUAGGCGCAAGGCUUCUUGAUGGAGAGCAUAAUGAAGAAGAUUUUGAUGAUACUGAAGUCAAUUUUGAAAAAGACAGACAACUUUCUGAGCGCCCAUGUGGCAAUCGUUAUUAUUCUUGCAACUGUAACGAAUUAUUGGGCGAUUUUUGCGGACCUCGUGAUCCUGCUUAUCAUCGUCGUGGACCUUGUGGUCAGUGUAGCGAUUUCCAGUUUCAUUCAGAGUGGAAUAGUCCAUGGCAACCUUCAAGAGAUCGCUGGGGGUGGCGCAGAGAAAACAGAGAAGAUAUGCCCCUGGGUUUCUCGCUUCCUGUGAAGGAAACUGUAGUUACUGGGGUGGGUGCUGGGCUUUCUAAUCUUGGGAACACUUGCUUUAUUAAUGCAAUCCUGCAAUGCUUUACACAUACUGUGUCAUUUGUUAAGGCUCUUAAUUCUUGCAAUCAUUUAGUGCCUUGCCAGCGUGGUAUUGAAGGAUUUUGUGCUGUUUGUACCCUUCAUGAGCACAUUGAAGCAUCCUUAGCCUCUUCUGGAAAGAUCAUAUCACCUUCGAAAGUUGUUGAUAAUUUAAAUCACAUUUCAUCUUGUUUUUAUAGGUACCAGCAGGAAGAUGCUCACGAAUUCCUUCAAUGCUUAUUAGAUAAACUUGAAAGAUGUCUGAAUUCAAACCUGAAUAAUGAGACCUCAUCUUCUGAAAAUGAUAACAUAGUGAAGUGCGUAUUUGGGGGUCGUCUUGUAAGCAAACUGCUAUGUUGCAACUGUGGUCACUUUUCUGAUAAAUAUGAACCCCUGAUUGACUUGAGUUUGGAGAUUGAGGAUGUGAAAACUCUUCAAGAUGCUCUAGAAUCUUUCACCAAGGUGGAGAAAAUUGAAGAUUCUGAUACAAAGUUUAGAUGUGACAACUGUAAGGAGGAAGUUUCUAGGGAGAAGCAACUUAUGCUGGAUCAGGCUCCUUCGGUUGCUACUUUGCAUUUAAAGAGAUUCAAGACAGAUGGAUCCUCUGUUGAGAAGAUUGGCAAGCAUGUAGAGUUUCCAUUAUAUUUGGACUUGAAGCCCUACACCAACGUCAGUCAAGAAAGUGAUGACAGUCAGGUAAAUUUGAAGUAUCACCUGUAUGCAACUGUGGUGCAUAAUGGAUCUUCACCCACUUCUGGUCAUUACUUUUGCUACGUACGGUCCUCUCCAAACACAUGGCAUAAGCUAGAUGACUCAAUGGUAAUUAGGGUUGAUGAAGAGGUGGUGCUAUCUGAUGCUGCCUACAUUCUGUUUUAUGCCAGAGAGGGUACAGCCUGGUUUUCCAGUUUGAUGGAAUCACAAAAGGAUUGCUUGGACCUUUCAAAUACAUCACCCAAAUCAGUGCUGGAUAGCAUGGAUACUGAAUGCACUGCAUAUCCUCAUUUGGCUAAUAUUGAUGAUUGCAAAGCCAGUGCCACUAAAAGUUAUGUUGAGGGGGGCAGUGUUACUAUAAUGGAUGUUGAGGGGGCUUCAGCCCACUCUUCAAAUGUAACGGUUCUUGAAGCAGAUCAGAUUAAUGAAACAGGGAAUGCUGCUGAGGGACUUUCUGCUCACGUUAAUGAAGCAGGGAAUGGUACUGAGGAAUUUUCAGCUCAUAUUUCUUGUGGAUCUAGACAGAGUGGAUUGAAAUUAUGCUGUGAUAAGUCCAGGCCUGGUAUCCUGGCCAAUGAUGUUUCUGUUUCACUUGGAGCUAUCGGUUGCCAUGAUGGAACUUUGCAUAAAGAGAAAAUGGAUGCUUUGCCUUCUAUUGAUGGAAAUAACUGUGGUGAGGGUGCUAACAGAAAUGAAAGAAAUGGUUUCCAUCCUCUGACGCCACCCAGAUCAAAAAGUCCAGAUGUGAAUUUUGGAGGGUUUUCAGAAACAAGACAUCAUAUCCGGCAAGAUAAUUUGAAAUUGGAGAAUUCAUUAAACUAUAAUAGAUCUAAAAGGGCCACUAAUGAUGAGAGAAUGGAAGCUGUGAGAUUAACUAGGAGUAUGCCUAGUGCAAGAAAAAACAAACUUUUGGCUGCUAUGAAUCCCCAAAUUGACAAGAAAAGAAGAUUAAGAUCAUCGCCAUGUAAACAGGCCAGUCUUCCAGGUUCUCGCCGUAAGCUCAAUCAUCGUUUAGCAGCUUUGCAUUGAACAGGUAUACUUUAGAUUAAUUUAAGCAGAUUUUGGUCAGCAUAGAAUGAACAUUUAUUAAAUUCAAAGUUUCUUAAAGAAUGGAGAAUGAUUUGCCCUCUCAAGCUGCACGUUGGAUUCUUGGUUAUUCUCUAGUCUGCUGUAGUUGAUGUGGCUGGUUAUUUUUAGUCAUAACUUUGGAAUAUGUAAAGUUAAUUUGAGGUUUCAUUUAGAUAAUCUCAUUAUAGUCUUUGGACACUGGAAUAAGGAGGGAUGGUCUUUUGAUUAGCACCUUAAGCUGUACAUGUGCAGCAAUGUGGCUUAAGCAGAAUAUGGGAAUUGGAGGAUAGGAUAUAUCUGCUUUGGGUUUCUACUUUUUAUAGUAAUUUUAUUUUUUACUAAGUAAAUCUUAUUUUAUUAAUGACUAUCAUCAGAUGAAUUAUUAAAUUCUGAUCUAAUGGUGAAAUAUCCAAAGUAAAGACAUAAUUCUAAAUGA